UGAGUUUUUCGAGCAAAGAUGGCGACGGCGCAGCUAACGGACGAUGAGCUUUUCUCUGAGUUAAAGAGCUUUGGAUUCAUUCCAGGCCCGGUUUCCGAGAACACGAGACCGGUUUAUUUGAAAAAACUAAAGAAACUACGUGAGGAACAACAACAGAAAGGAACCAGGGCGGGGAAAAACCGAAACAGUGGCAGCAUCAUCAACAACAGUAGCGGCGGUGGCAACGGCAGCUACACAGCGGCGGGAGCUUCGGGAUUCGGAGCCAGGCCAGCUAGCCGUGACGUCAAGCACCUGAGCCCUAGCAGUCGGAGCCCCGGUGGUCGACCGGUCCUGAACGAAAAGCGAACUGGUGGAGCGGGGAAGUUCGUAUUGGGCUUUAGCUCGGACGAAUCGGACGUGGACGACCCGAAGAAAAAACGAGGAGCGAACCACAGCGGUAGGAGAGACCGAGGCUCCGCGUACCAACAACAACAGCAGAUCAGGCCUACAACGGGAGCUGCCUCCGCCACUCGAAAGAGCCUGGGAGUCGCUGUGAGUACCAGCAGCAACAACUCCUCUCCCACUGGGCUACUGGAGGAGAGGAGAAGCGGACCCGGUUCUCUCGGCUGGGUGGACCGGGGAAAAUCGAGCCUCGAGGUCUCGCGGGCCGCGGAAGUGAAGGGUUACGACGAAGAGCCCGAAGAGGAAGGCGAUUUUCAGGGGGAGACGGAGAGAGACAGUCGGUCUCUGAAUGGGAACAGGGCGUCUUACUCACUGAACACCAGUAGUAAGGUAGUCGGGGAUUACUCGGAUUCGGAAGAGGAGGAAGAGGAAGAAGGGGGGAUAAUAUAUGGGCAGGACCGUCAACGAGACCGGCGUUUACAGCAACACUACUCCAGACGGAGUCACUCCUCCAAGCCGUCUCCCCACAGAAGUGCCAGGGGGUCAGAGAGCGGCCAGGAAACGACUUUAGGCAUGGAAAUCAGGCAAAAUGACACGCCUGGCGCUAGUAGGAGUCGACUAGACAUGAUGGGAGGCCGGGAGGAGGAUGAAGAGGAAGAGGGAAAGAAGCGAGGCCCCGGCGAAUCGUCCCUGAGCGGGAGCUUGCUGCGACGCCAUUACCCCAGGGGGGCCAUCUACGUGUCGGCUGUGACUGGGGAGAGCGACCGCGGCAGCCCCGGGGAGAGCAGCGGCAACAAUUCCCCGUCCUCCGCCUACAACAAAAACCACAUCGACAGCGGGGAUGGCGCCACUAGCAGCAGCAGUAGCCGAUUCAGCAUCGGCCUGAGACCGCGAUUCUCCAACUACAACAGUCUAUCCGCUACUUACCGACCCAACCAUUCAAAUCAUAGCGGUCCUAACCAUGCCUACAGCCAGGCGAGUCUCAAGCAGAAGUACACGGUGCCGGAGGAUGAGCUGCUCCAGCAAUUCAAGCGGGAGGAGGUGGGGUCGUCCACCGGUGGUUGGGGGUUCAGCGCCCACUACCUGUCCAUGUUCUUGCUCAUGGCCGCCUGCCUGUUCUUCCUCCUGCUCGGCCUCAUGUAUCUCCGGAUGAGGGGGUCUGGAGCCUCUGAGGUCGAUGUUGUCAUUAAGAACCACCCGUUUGGCAGCGAGUUUGACAGUUCUUAUAACAAGACGGAGAAAGACACCAUUCUGAAACUGCUGCUCAACCUUCACGACCACCUGGCUCAUAUUGCUGGCCAACAUGACUGUACAGACCCGGAGCAGCAGCAGGCCAACAGGAGUCUGUCUCUGAAGGAAGCCUCUGACUAUCUGGCGCAGCAGAAUGAACAGUACCGUGACUGGGUUCUCCUCUCUCUGGAGUGGAUCAUACGGACAGGGGAGGAUGUUGGCAUACGGCUGAUCGGGGAUAACCCAGAGGAGACAGUAGCGGAGGUGAGUGAGGUGACUCGUCUGGAGUCGACCCACCCCAAGAUGUCCUUCUCCUGCCGCUUCAGAAGAGCCUUCUUUACAGUCAUCCACAGGGUGCUGCUCAUCCUAUCAGUGAUUGGUCUGGUGUGGGGUGUAUUCUACUAUAUGAAGUAUCGUUGGAGGAGAGAGGAAGAGGAGACCAGGCAGAUGUAUGACAUGGUGGAGAGAAUCAUCGGUGCUCUGAGGAUCCACAAUGCAUCGUGUCAGGAGAACAAUGACCUCCAGCCCUACCUGCCCAUCCCUCACGUCAGAGACUCCCUGGUCCAACCCCAGGACAGAAAGAAGCUGAAGAAGGUUUGGGACCGGGCCGUGACAUUCCUCUCAGCCAAUGAGAGCCGUAUCAGGACAGAGUCUCAGCGGAUUGGCGGAGCUGACUUCCUGGUGUGGAGGUGGCUCCAGCCCUCUCUGAGCUGCGACCAGAUCUCACUCAUCCCCUCCAAAGUCUGGCAGGGCAAAGCGUUCCCUCUGGACAGGAGGAACUCUCCUCCCAACAGUUUAACACCAUGUCUGAAGAUCAGAAACAUGUUUGAUCCAGUCAUGGAGGUUGGUGAAAACUGGCAUCUGGCCAUCCACGAGGCCAUCUUGGAGAAGUGUUGUGACAACGACGGUAUCGUCCACAUCGCUGUCGACAAGAACUCCAGAGAGGGCUGUGUCUAUGUGAAGUGUCUGUCAGCAGAACACUCGGGGAAAGCCUUCAAGGCGCUACAUGGCUCCUGGUUCGAUGGUAAGCUGGUGACGGUGAAGUACCUGCGUCUGGACCGCUACCACCAGCGUUUUCCUCAGGCCCAGGGCUGUACCACCUCCCUGAAGCCCUCUAACACCUACAUGAACACCAUGUCCAGACUACGUCACCACACCAGCCCUGAUAGCAGCUCUAACUCUAACUCUCUAGGCUUCUCCUGAGGGGGGAGGCAGAUUACCCCAGCCUCCUCUCUCUCCCUCACAGAUACCACCGCUACCAACCCAACCAGCUCCUUCUUACCCCUGUGUAACGAUCUCACCUCAACACAGGCCCCCUUCCUUCAGUCUCCCCUUAACAAGCCUCUACUGGAGGUGAUGGCAGCUUGGUGAACCGUCUGUCUCGACUCACAGGGCUGGGUGAACCGUCUGUCUCGACUCACAGGGCUGGGUGAACCGUCUGUCUCGACUCACAGGGCUGGGUGAACCGUCUGUCUCGACUCACAGGGCUGGGUGAACCGUCUGUCUCGACUCACAGGGCUGGGUGAACCGUCUGUCUCGACUCACAGGGCUGGGUGAACCGUCUGUCUCGACUCACAGGGCUGGGUGAACCGUCUGUCUCGACUCACAGGGCUGGGUGGAACCGUCCGUCUCGACUCACAGGGCUGGGUGGAACCGUCCGUCUCGACUCACAGGGCUGGGUGAACCGUCUCAACAAACAGGGCUUUUUUUUCUCUUUUAAAUGGGACUGACUGUUGGUUGUCCACAACCUGUCUGGACCACAGGAGUGGUGGGAGGCUUUAGACUGACUGACUGACAGUCCUGCUGUGUUUUUUUGUCGUAAAGACCAAUCAGAGUUUUGAAAACAAAACGACGAGCUAAACUUUGGAAGACCACUUGAACAACCAAUGGGCUGGGAGAUUGGAGACUAGGGGGGCGUGGUCUGAGCAAGCUGGAGAUGUGUGAUUCGCCGGUGCCGUCGAACACUAUUUAAUGUGUUAUUUUUGUAUUACAAACUUUAUGGAUUUAACAAGGAAACAAAACUUCCAUUUCGUUCUAAUGGCAUAUUUAAAACAGAUAUGAGAGAGAAACAACCCCUUCUUUUCUCUUGUCUCCCCAUCCUCUCCUCCCUCCAUCCUUUUUUUAAUGAGACUGGCUCCAUGAUUUUUCAAGGAGUUGAGUCGGGCUUUACAUUGAAAUUGCUGCAUGUGUUGGUUAAAGUUAAAGCCUCUAUUUAAGCUUUUGAAUUUAUAACAUAAUCUGGAUUUUUAUUUCCUGGAGAAUGUAAUCCCUUUUCUUUCUUUUGUAGUUUUUAGUCGAGCGGCGGAGGAAAGGCAGACAUAAACAUUUAGCCGACUGAAGGGUGGGAGUGGGUGCUUAGCUGUCAGCCGGAAAUACAUGUUGACUGGUUGGCUGGUGACGGUGGCUUCCUUUUGAAUGAUCCGUAUUCAUAAAGCAAAAACCAUAAACUGUCAUUUUUGUCCUGCCCACCGCUACAAUACUUUUUAACAUACGGACGGCAUCAGAUUCUGUAUUCAGAAGUGGAAGCGUUUUUGAGAGAUUGGGAGGAUAACUUGUUGCGAGACAGUGAUUUUGGCAGGUGGUGUUGGUGCACCCCCCCUGCACUACUAGUGCACUACUUUUGACCAGAGCCCAUAGGGGUAGUGCACUACUUUUGACCAGAGCCCACUAUAUAGGGAUUAAAUAGGGUCCCGUUUAGGAUACGUCCGUGGACAAAACAUUAGGAACACCUGCUCUUUCCAUGGCAUGGACUGACCAGGUGAAUUCAGGUGAAAAGCUAUGAUCCCUUAUUGAUGUCACACGCUAAAUC